AGCGAGGAAUGUUUACGUUGGCGAACCUGUCCGCAUGCGCUGCGAUUUUGUUUAACUAACUGUCAAAAUUUUUCCAAAUAGUGAAAUAACUUCCUAGUGGUUUUGCGAUGGUUUUAACUAAAGAAUAUCGAAUUUGUAUGCCUAUCACCAUUGAAGAGUAUCAAGUGGGGCAACUUUACAUGAUUGCGAGGCACAGUUUGGAGCAAUCGGGGGAUGGGGAAGGUGUUGAAGUGGUUGAGAAUAAGGAAAUUCACGAUCCUGAACACGGCAAAGGCCAGUUUACUGAAAAAAGGAUCCACUUAUCAAGUCGUUUGCCUUACUGGGUCCAGGCGAUAAUACCGAAGAUAUUUUACGUAACUGAAAAAGCGUGGAAUUAUUAUCCGUACACAAUAACCGAAUAUACAUGCUCGUUUAUUCCACGUUUUCACAUUGAAAUCAAAACCAAGUACGAGAAUAACAACGGUAGCACGGAAAACUGUCUUAAUUUGACCCCUGAGCAACUUGCUGAACGUCUAGUUGACCAUAUUGACAUCGCCUAUGAUGAAGUGAGCCCCAAGCACUACAAGGAGGAAGAAGACCCGCGUUAUUUCCAGUCGAAAAAGACCCAAAGGGGGCCCCUAGUCGAGGGCUGGCGGGCGAAUUACACCCCAAUCAUGUGUUCUUAUAAGUUAGUUAAUGCCUCGUUUGAGGUUUUUGGUCUCCAGACUAAAGUAGAGGAUUUUAUACACUCGUGUAUUCGUGAGGUGUUGUUGUUGGGGCAUAGACAAGCCUUCGCGUGGAUCGACGAAUGGAUAGAGAUGUCUUUGGACGACGUCCGGAAAUACGAGGCGAAAUUGCAAUCUCAGACCAACUCCCUCCUCGUUGAUAAAGUCGGCGGUGGAGAUAGCACCCCCCAGACGUCCGAGUCGCCUAAAAGCCCCAAAUCGCCCCAGAAAAAGGGCUAUUUUUCGUGGUUCUAGCAUCAGGAGGUUACGUUAGAAGAUUGUUGCGUUUUUGUCCUUUUUAUGUUACUUCAUGUUUAGUUGCUUUUGUUUAAACUAGUCAAAUGUGUUUUUUGUGCGUCYUUUGUUAUCGCUUGACGUUUAGGAAAUUUUAGUUUGAGUUAAGUGGCUGAUAUUUAACGAAUUUUAGGUGCACUGGACCAGGGCUCGUUUCUCAACAUUUUUGUAUGUAUGUAGUGUAGAGGUGAGAAUAAUUGUUGUAAUGGGGAUUUUUUGUCCCCAAACUUCCUUAUUUAUCGUGAUUAAAACGUUAUAUUGUUGGAAAAUAAAUAAUUCACACUAGAAA